CGCUGUUGGCGGGCGAUGGCGCUGUGGGGCCGGGUGUCGGCGGUGGAGCGCUGGGCGGCCGGGCGGGAACGGGAGGCCCGGAGCCGGCAGCAGUGGGAGCGCACCAGCCGCUCCUUCGCGCAGGCCGCCGUGUGCUGCUCGCUGCAGGCCCGGUGGAGCGAGCCCCGCUCCACCCCGCGCAGGUACGGGCCGGGUGCGGGGGGCAGGCCGGGCCGGGCCGCGGGCGGUGUCGGCGGGCGCUCCGGUGACACGCGGGGCUGUGGUGGCAGCGCGGCGGCGGAGCUGCGGGACGCGGAGGAGGCGGCGGCGAGGCUGGAGCAGCGGCGGGCGCGGCUGAGGCGGCUGCUGGGAGAAGAGCAGGAGGCGCUGGCGGCGGAGCUGCGGCGGGGCCGCGGGGCCGAGCGCGCCGGGGCGCGGCAGCGGAGAGAGGAGCGGCGGAGGGAGGUCGCUGAGCAGCUGCUGUACGAGCACUGGAAGAAGAACAACGCGGAGCUCCGGGAGGUGGAGUCAGACCUGCACAAGAAACAUGUGGUAGAGGCUUGGGGGGAUCAGGUGCAGCAGAAAUCCAAGAGAGAAGCAACUGAGCUUGAAGAGAAAAAGCGUUAUGAAAACGAGUAUGAAACGGCGCGAAGGGAAGCGCUGGAAAGAAUGAGACGGGAGGAAGAGAAGCGGCGGCAGGAGGGGAAGAAGCAUGCAGAGAUGUUGCUGCAGCAAAUAGAAGAACUGAAGUUACAGGAGAGAGAGGCAACAAAGCUGAAAAGGGAACAAGAGAAUUUAUUAAAGCAGCAGUGGGAGCUGGAGAGCUUGGAAGAAGGAAGGAAACAAAUGGAAGAGCACAGGAAGAAGAGAGAGCUUGGUCGCUUUUUGAGGCAUCAGUGCAAUGCCCAGUUACAGAGACGAGCUCAGCAGAUACAAGAGGAGCUGGAGAUAGACAGGCAAAUCCUAUCAGCCCUCCUCGAGAAAGAAGAUGAGGAGCAGCGCCGCCAGUCAGCGCGACGGGAACGGGCUGUGGCAGAUGCUGCCUGGAUGAAACGUGUCAUUGAGGAGCAGCUCCAGUUAGAAAAAGAGAGGGAAGCAGAGCUGCAGACUAUUUUCAGAGAAGAAGCUAGAAAGAUGUGGGAGAAGAGGGAAGAAGAAUGGCAAAGAGAGAAGGCAGCCAGAGAUCGCCUGAUGAAUGAGGUCCUCGCAGGCAGACAGCGCCAGAUCCAGGAGAAGAUGGAGUUAAACAGACGAGCCCAAGAAGAGUCCAUAAGGUAUCGAGAGCAGCUGAUCAAAGAACUUGAAGAGGCCAAAGAGCUAACUCGUCGAGAGAAGGAGCAGGAGAAGGAACUGAAGACAGCACGGAGGCAGGAGCUGGAGGCGCAGCUGACAGAACGGCGCUUGCAAGAGCAGGAGGAGCAACAGCACCAGAGAGAGGAGGAAGAGGAGGAGAGAUCAGCCCAGCAGCGCUGCCAGGAACUGGUGCAGCAGGAGGCCAAGCGCAUGGCAGAGCAGGGCUAUCGCCCCAGGCUCUACAGUUACCCCAAAACAGCGUGGACCUGAGGAUUCUUGUCCUUUGCACCUGAGGAACGGGCACCAAAUGUGGCUGCAAACUACAGAAAGAAAACUUGGAAGAAUCAAGGAACUCCUGAAACUGUGGGGGUUUUGGAAUAGCCUACAGUGACAGUGAGACUCAAGUUAGGGGAUUUCUGAAACUGUUUAGCCGUGGCCUUGCUAAAGAGCCAAUUUCGACUGGCAUUGAGAAGGUGGAGGUGUGAGCAUCCUCAGGACUGAACUGCUUCAGGAGCUAUGACCAUGUAUUUCAGCAGGUGCUACACUGGGGCAACACAGCAAAUAAAGAGGCCCUCUGGAUCUGAAGAGUGAAAGGAUCCAGCCUUCCCAUAGGAUGGGAACUGCAAAUCACUGUUUGGAGUCAGCUCAUAAUGUGUGCUGCAGAUCAGCAAGAUAGCCAGCGCUGCAGCUGUAAUCCAUAACAUGUUCCUCUCCAGAUGACACCAAGGACUCCAUUAAAUGUUGGUUUUCACUUCUUUCACAAUAACUUCAACCUGAACAAACUGCUUGUUUCUUUACAUGAGCCAACUCCUGCAACAGUAGGAGAGGGUUUAGUUGAUUAUUGCACUCGAUUCCUUCCUUUUAUCAUUGGUGACUGUGCUUGAAAUUGGUCCUUCAGCUGGUGUGGCCUGGUCAGGUCCUGUCCAGUGCAUGAGGAGCUGUAGAGGGCCCUGUCACAGACAAGCAUCAUCACAGCCCUGCAGGCGCAACUCUGCUGGAGACACCUUUUCCAAGAUCUUGUUACAGAGCCAUCAGUCAAAUAACCCCAAAUAAACACUGAAAGAGUUUUAACUUUUUAUAGUAAUGCUGUAAACAAAAGAUUAAGUCAAAAUAUUGUACAGACGAAUGACACUGAUAAAUACAAGGUUUGGAAAAAAGGCAAA